AUGGCCAACUAUAGUAGUAAGUACAUUCGAGAUUUCGCAACACUAACUGCUCCCCUUCGUGACCUGACGAGAAAGGAUGUUCGUUUUGAGUGGACUCAAACACACCAAACUGCUUUUGAAAAGCUGAAAAACACGCUUGCAAUUGCUCCAUGUAUGUCAUAUUUCGACAAAAACAAACAAACUUUUGUAACAGUUGAUGCUAGUCCUGUAGGAAUUUCUGGAAUUCUUUCUCAGAAACCAAGAAACGGUGACGUAGACAGUCAACAGAUAAUUGCAUAUGUCAGCCGAGCGCUGACUGAUACAGAAAAGAGAUACUCUCAGACGGAAAAAGAAGCGUUAGCGAUAGUAUGGGCGGUUGAACAUUUCCAUUUAUUUUUAUUUGGAAGUGAAUUUACACUAAUAACUGACCAUAAACCGUUAGAAAUUAUUUAUGGCCAACGUACAACCAAAACAUCAGCGCGAAUUGAAAGAUGGAUGCUUCGCUUCCAACCAUAUACAUUUAAGAUAAUUUACAAAUCAGGUGCAUGCCAGCAACCCUGCGGACUAUCUUUCUCGUCAUCCAACAAACGAAAGCAAACGAAAACAGGAGAAGAUGAGGCGAUGACAUCACAAGAAAUAAUCAAUGCAACUAACGCAGACGCGGCACUAACGGCACUCUAUGAUGCAAUUAAAACAAACAAAUGGGAUUCCCCAAUUGUAAAACCGUUCAAAGCCGUAAAAAACGAACUUACGUCUACCACACACGGUGUUAUACUUCGAGGAACACGCAACAACGUGCAAUAG